AUGGCAGAGGUAGCAAAGCCAGUGCAUACCACAGCGUACAAGCCUCAUCCUACUGAGAAGAUGAAAGCAGCUCUCUGGAUGGGUUCGAAAACGAUCGAGCUGGGGGAGGUCCCGAAGCCUACUAUCACCGCCCCGAAGGAUGCCAUUGUGCACAUCACUCACUGUACCAUAUGUGGUUCGGACCUGCAUAUGUACGAUGGCGCCCUGAAUAAGGUCAUGGAAAAGGGGCUAAUUAUGGGCCACGAGGCCAUCGGCAUCGUCGAAGAAGUUGGCCCUGAAGUCAAGAAUUUGAAGGCAGGAGACCGGGUGGUCAUCAUGCCAGUCAUCGCAUGUGGAGAAUGCUUCUACUGCAAGCGUAAGGAGUUCUCUCUCUGCGACAAAACCAACCCGUCCAAGGAAUUGCAGCAGAUGUACGGACAUCGCUUAUCCGGCAUCUUUGGCUAUUCCAUGAUCACGGGGGGAUACCCUGGCGACCAGGCUGAGUACUGCCGCGUCCCUAACGCGGAUCUCACCUGUGUUAAGGCUCCGAAGAAUGUCGCGGCCAAAAAACUUGUUGGCCUGGCAGAUGUGACGCCUACUGCGUGGCACGGCUGCGAGCUAGCGGAAGUGGGGGAAGGCGACGUCGUUGGUGUUUGGGGUUGCGGCGCGGUCGGCCUCUCAAUUCAACGAUUGGCGAAAUAUCGUGGAGCCCGCAGGGUUUACGCGGUUGACAAAGACGCGCACCGGCUCAGUAUCGCGAAGUCUUUUGACAUGAUUCCUAUCAAUGUGGAAGAGCAUCCAGAUCCGGCCCGUCAAAUUUUAUCUCUUGAACCGCACGGUCUGGAUCGCGGUAUCGAAGCGAGCGGUUUCAGGAGUACGAACACAGUUACCCACGCUACCAUGAGAGCACUAGGUGCUGAGGGCGACAGCUCGGACACUGCCAGUGCGGUGAUCAAGGCAACACGGAAAGGUGGAAACGUCGCUCUAAUUGGUGACUUCUUCUUUGAGACCAACGACUUCCCAAUCGGAAUGUUGAUGGAAAAAGCCAUCACCCUGCGCGGUGGACAGCUCUAUGCCGAGAAGUACUUCCCAUUCCUUGUAGACAUCGUUGCCGACGGCAAAUAUGACCCCUCAUUCAUGUUUACACACGAAGACAAGUUCGAAAACAUUGCGCAGAGCUAUGACGCAUUCUACAACCACAAAAUGCCCGGAGGAUUGAAAGUGUGUCUCGCGACGGCCUUUGGUCGGGCGCAGGCCUAA